AUGGCCUCUCCUUCCAUACCUCACCCACAAGCUACUCAUGUCGAUGAGCAGUUGGCCCGGCUGAGAUUUUCUAAGGAAGCCUCAACAUCUCCCAGCUAUUCUAUCUGCCAAAGACUUGGUAACCUUCAAGAGCUACAUGAGUCUCUUGACAAACUUAUUCGCCUAGCCGUGGCACAACAUGCUCUAGCUCAAGAGCAAAACAAGAAAUCCGUGGAGCAGCUUCUUGAUGGAUCCUUUAGGAUCUUGAUGGAUCCCUUAGGAUCUUGGAAUUAUGCAACACAUCUAAGGAUGCUUUAUCUCAGGAUUCAGAUGAAAGAGGGCCUCAAGGAGAUCCAAUCGAUUCCAAGAAGAAAGCAUGGUCAUAUGAGAGGUGAAGAAAUACUUAGCGCCAUGAAAUCCUUCAAGAAGACAUUCCAGAAAGUAAAAAAGUCUUUGAAAAUUACACAAGCCGAAGACAAUAAUGAUGAAUCUUUGGCUUUCUUUUGA